AUGGUUUCUAAACCACUUCAACGUGAUCAACUCGAAUUUCUUCUGAAAAACAAUGACAAGCCGAUCAAAUUGAAAAAAUUUGAUCAAACCGAUCGUGGUUCAUCCUUGUUCCCUGCCUUUAACGAAAUUCUUGUCAACGGUGUUGUUCAAAUUUUUGUUCUAUGUGAUAAAUGUCGUUCAAUUAUCACUUAUAAAUCUACACCUGGUGCAUCAUCAUCAAAUACAACACAAUCAACUAUCACAGCGUAUUAUCGAAAUAGUAAAUCGGUCUUACCAGGAAAACUUAAAAAACAAAUAACUAGUGCUUAUCUUGAUUUUAUUUCAUUGGAUAGUCGACCAUUUGAGAUUGCAUCUGGUGUUGACUUUCAACAAUUUAUUCAAAUGAUUUAUAAUGCAGGAAGAUUAUUAUUGAAUAGUCGAUCAAUUGAAAUAUCUGAUUUUUACCACAUCCUACGACAGUGAGUACACUUUUAUGACUUUAAAAUCACAUAAUGCUCAUUAUUAUCAUCGUAGGUAAGUCGUAAAUAGACCCCGUCGGGUCCAAUAACUUUUCAAUUCGGACCCGGAAAAAGAAAUACGUGUGGUUUCAUCAUUUUUAAAGAUAUUGCACUGUUCCAACAUGUAUCUUGUAGAGAAAUGAUUCCUCU